CUUCAUUCCCAAUUUCCAAAACAAGAGUCUUCAUACAGUGACCUUUUUUCUUUCAUUUACCCCACCUUACUUAAAAUCCCACAAACCCCACUUUCAAAAAAACAAGAAAUUAACAGUUCCUCUAAAAGAAACAUGUAUGAAUUUGGGGAAGAAGUGAUAAUUGAAAGUUACAAAGUACCAUGGUUAAUUUGGAUACAGUUACUUGUUAUGAUUCUUCUUGUACUGCUUCUUUUCUUUGGGUUUAGUAUUUUGGAGCUUCCAAAUAAUUCAAGUUCUAUUGCUUCUUCUUCUGAAAGUCCUACUGGCGUUUCACAUGGAAAUACACCUUCUAAUUCAACUUCAACCCUUCAGCAUUGGAACCAAAACCAACAUAUCAAAGGAGAAACUGAAGCUAGCACAAGCCGUGAAAUUGCAAGGGCAGAUGAAUUUCAGGAAAAAGAAGGAUCUGCAGAAAAGGACACAAACAUCUUCAAGCUUCUUGUACGUCCACAGCACCCUUGCAAUUACUUUGGACUAGCCAAACAAGCGUUUCUGAAGUGCUUGGGCUUUGAUUCUGAUCGUGAUAAUUGUAACACCAGAAGACAUGCUAAAGAAGACUAAUAAUGUAUGAUUUCACUCCCCGCCCACACCCAAAAAAAAAAAAAAAAAAAUCCCACUAAAGAUGAAAAAGUAUGAAUUUCAGCGGCCGGUGGAAUAGUUUAGGGUGCGCUCAAGCUUUCCCAGCAUUGACACUUCCCGUAGUCCUAUACCUUUUUUGUUGUUUAGAUCUUGAGAUUCUAGCUUUUGUUUUAAUGAUAUCUGUGUGGUUUUGCAGGGAACAUGUUAUAGUUUAGUUUCUUGAGACAGAAGUGUCAAGUCAAUGUACAAAGAUUCAGGUCUUUGAAAGAGUUGCUGCUAGGCAUUUAAAAGUGUAUAUUGUCCCUUAAGAGAUUUUGUAAGUGACAUGACCCUUUGAAGCCUCUUUUUCAAAGUGCACUUAAGUUCAGGUGUAGUUUUAACCCCACAAAUGUUUCUUAACAUGUAGUGUAGCUCUUUCAUGUACGCAAAGAUUAAACUCUCCAUUGAUUUGUCUUCGACCAUGUAUAUUGAGCUGAGCUGAUGAUUAUUUCUUGCCUUGACAUUGUAAGAGCUUGCUAUUGCUACUUUCAUAGUCACAUGUUUCAUGUGUAACAGUGUGUUGACUAGAUAUGA